AUGGCGGCGAUCGCUACCCGCCUGCACCACUCCCCGCCUGCCCUCCGACGCGGCGGACCUCCGUCGAACCCCUUCCUCCGCUUCGCCUCCUCGCCGCGGAUCGUCAUCCGGUCCCGGGCCGCGGCGACCCCUCCGCUGGGUCCAGUCGCUGCGCGCGGCGACGGAGACGAGGACGAAGCACUCCUCUACCCGGAGCCCCGUCGGAACCCGCUCAGCCUCGCUCCUCUGCUCGUCGCCGCGGCGGCGGUGGCGGCAACCCCGCAGACCGCGCUCGCCCUAAGAAGAAGAAGGAGGGGGUGGAGGCCACUCGAUCACGAGUCGGUCGGCACAGCGGUGGAUCCCCCGAAACCCCCGAGCGACAUGUGGUUGUGGGGCGGCUUCGCCGCGGUGUUCGCCAUGAUCGCCGUCGCCGCGAAGAACGGCUGGAUACGGGACGAGCGGACCUCCGUGGUUAAGUUGCAGGUCGCGCUGCGUGGUAGGGAGAUGGUAAAACCAGUCCAGAAGGAUCUUAAUGCGAUUGCUGAGAGGGUGCAGGCUUCGAAUCGCCAAUGGUACAAGUUCAUAUUGACUGAGACCCUGGAUACCUUGCGCCGUCACCAGUCUUUCUGCAUCUCCUCAUGCUUAUCAGUUGUCAGGAAAAACGGAUGGGAGGACGAAGAUGAUUCUUGGAAGGCACAUUUUGACAGAGUUUCUGCCCAGGAGAGAAGAAAAUUUGAUGAAGAAACGCUUUCGAACUGGAAUGGGGUCAAGCAAAAGAAAACCUACUCCAUGAAAACAGAUGGCAGCAAAAAUGAAUAUGUAGUGGUUACCAUUCUUGUUGCUGCUGAGGGAACAAUGGAGCUCCCUGAGGCGAUCAGAAGCGCCGCAGAUCUGGACGCAGUAGCAGCAAGGCUCAACUCCACGCCUGAAAGUGAACUUCGGGGUGUUCGAGUCCUGUGGACGCCUCAAGAUGCGGAUGACGUUCUCUCGGAGGAGAGGAUGCGGAAGGAUUACCCGAACCUGAAACCCCUUGCGCGAUGAACAAAUAGGACAGCGUUCUGCUGCCCAUCACGCCCUUGGAUCCACCGUUUGAGCCAGGUCUUUUUAGUUAGAAGAACAUAUGCGGAUACUAGUUAUGGUAUCUGAUGGAGUGAUGGUAUACUUAUACCGAUCAUGCCUGUUCCUUUUCGGUUUCCUCUUUAUACAUAAUUCUACAGAAUGUAUCCGCACAGUUUGGUUAUCGAGCGAUGUGUGUUUAGGCCAGCCAUUAUGCAAGAAUAAUGAUGCUAACAAUCUA